GUUUUUAUCAGUCUCCCCCUGGACGGUAUUCAAUCCAGACGCUUGUUUACUUUAGUUUGGAAAUUUUUUGCCCGCACACGUUUGGGGUAGAAAAACACCUGCAAACAGAUCAAAACUAUUCAUUGGAUAUUCAUUGCACAUUCUAGAAUUUUUUGAAAAAAUGCAGCCACCCAGCGGAAGACUCUGGAGUACUAUUUGCGAUGGCCAGAUCGAAAUACGUUCUUUAACAGAAGACAAGUUGGAGGAGUCUUUGGACGUUUUAGAUGGCUCUUUCUUUCUAUACGAAAUGGUCAGCAUUGGUUCUGAAAUUAAUUUACCCGAAAAUGUGCAGGCACGAAAGGAUUUGAGAGAGCUCAGCAGAAUAACCAGCGAAGAUGGUGUCUCAUUGAUAGCCAUUGAAAAGGCAACUGGAAAACCCAUUGCAGUAUCUUUCAAUAAAAUACAGUACAUUCCCGAAAAUGGCGAUGACGUAUUCUUCCUAAAAUUCCGCAAAGAAAAGGCCAAAUCUUCCCAGACGCAAUCUUUAAUGGACUACAUGAUCGAAGCCGAUGCUGCCUAUGAUGUUUUUGAAAAAUUAAAUUUGCAAUGUACCUGCGAGCUUAUGUUCAUGGCCACUCUGCCCGAAUGGGGCCAAAAGGGUAUAGCAAAGGCCUUGGCCAAACACUCCAUUGAAUUGGCUAAAGAGUUAAAAGAUGGCAUUGGUUUGGAACGCUUACAUCCAUCGUUGCAAGGGAAACGACCACAAGCUGUUACUGUUCUAUGGACCUCAAAUUAUUCGCAAAAUGUUGGAAAGGCGGUCGGAUUUAAAGUGCUGAAUACCAUACCCUAUACACAUUUUAAAUAUAAUGGAAAAACCUUUGCCGAACGCAUAGGUCCCAUACACAAGGAUAGUCAACAGGCUAUCUAUAUGCUUCUACUUUUAUCUCUCCAAGAAAUUGACAACAGAAUGGCUUCAGCGGAAUGCCUUAAAUUGAUAUGUGAUGGUGAUAUUGAAAUAGUUAAAAUUAAGGAGGAUUUAUACGAUGCAGCUGUUGAUGUUUUUGUAACCAGUUUCAUGAAAUAUGAAAAUGUCAGUAUAGCCUGUGACCUGUGUGAGUCGGAGGAAACUUACAAGGAAAUGGAACAAUUGCUACGCACAAUUUUAAAGGAUAAUAUUUCUUUGGGGGCCAGAGAUGUCAAAACCAAACAAUUGGUGGCCAUUUGUAUAAACAAAGUUGUUAAUCCCUCGGCUAAUCUCACCCUCGAUGAACUUUUCGAAACUUUUCAAACAGAAAAUCUCAAAACUGUAGGAAAUUAUCUCAAUACAGUUGAGUGUACCUUUGAUAUAUGCAAGGAGUGGCGUAUUGAUUGUUUUAUUGAAUUGAAUUUUCUUUCAACUCGUCCCGAACAUAUGCGUCGUGGUCUUGCCUUAGCCCUGACAGAAUAUUUAAUCGAAUAUGCUCGUAAGCUAAAGGAAGGUAGUGCCAAAGAGUUACAAGAUUUACCCGAACAUUUAAGAGAUCAUAGACCCAAAGCCAUAACAUCAACAUUUACAUCGAUUUUUUCCCAAAAAGUUGGAGAAAAAUUGGGCUUCGAGACAUUGUAUGAAGUGGAUCAUGCAUGUUUUACCUUUAGGGGUAAAACUUUUGCGGAAAAAAUUGAUUAUUCGGUACACAAGAGGUCAAGAUUUGCAGCUUUAGCUUUGUGAUAAAAAGAAGAAAAACAAAAUAUUCUCCGAUUCAUUUACGAUAUAAAAAAUUCCUUUGGACCUAAUCAAGCCUUGUGGAGCUUUAGUAAUAUUCUCCAUGAAAAUAAAUUCUUCACAAAGAGAAUCAUCAUAACUUGUAUUCAAAUAAUUUUCUCUAAAGCAAAUCAUUAAUUUGAUAAGAAGUACUGUGCUAAAAGUAAAAAAAAUUGGAGGAUAAUAAAAACAGCCUUUAGUCUUUUUUGCUAUUUAUUUGAAUUAAA